AUGUCGACGGAGCUGGAGACUGCUGAACAUGCAGGUGCUAAAUCUCACCUGUCGUUCCUCACUGAACCGACCGGGGAUUCCGCUAUUGACUCCGACCUUCAAUACAUACGCGAGUUGAACUGGGCCGAUACCGCUCCUGGACCCAUUGCAGAAUGGCCUCGCGAAUUACUGGUGCUCAUCAACCUGGCCAUGCUCAGCCCCCAGCCCCAACUAUUCCUAUUAGGCCGUGAUUCGACCAUCUUGUACAACACAGCGUAUGGCAGGUUGCUCCGCGAUUAUCACCCGCUGUACCAAGGCAGACCAAUAGCUCUCAACACUGCAAUGGUUGGGCAUGGUCCGGCAAUACCAAGACUCACACAACCAGAAAAUGACGGGUCCGGCAUGGACAACGAACAUCAAAUACCCUGUUUCUUCCCACAACAUGGCCUUCUGCAGGAGGUUUUUCUCAGAGCCACAAUGGUAAAACUACCAUUAUCUUUGGAUGGGUACCACGUCACAGCUUACGAUACGACCAAAGAAGUGCUGCAGCGUCGUCGUGAGCGAUCGCUAGAUCACAUUCGUCGUGCUUCCAAAGAUGCCACAGAUCUGAAUGCCUUGUGGGCUUCAACAUUGCGUGGUAUAUCGAAUGGUAAUGGUGACAUAUCGUUUGCGGCUAUAUACUCUGCCAACAGUAAGCUCGUGAGUGAGCACGAGACCGGAUUCAUAUCGAACGAGAUUAGCACCGACGAAUUCAAACUUGCUGGCACUGUCGGCUCCUUCACAACGCCGCUCCCAUCAAGGAUCAAGCGUGGCGAGGAUCAGGCAUGGAUUAAGGCCAUCUACAAAGCCGUCGAUUUGCGUAUUCCUGAGCCCCUUCAUGCCACAGACGGAUCCUUGCCACCAGAGAUGUGCCAUGCAUCCAGGGACCGGUGCUAUGGCGAUGAUUCUCACCAGGCAGUCAUUCUGCCUAGUAUCAUGGGCAAAUCCGGAAACGUUUACGCUGUAUUGAUCCUCGGACUGGCACCACGGUGUCCUUACGAUUCUUCCUAUCAGGCAUGGGUGGGGACACUGCAUCAACACUUUUGCAGUAGUGUAGCAGCAAUUACAAUAGCUGAGACUAGGAAGCUUGCGAAAGAAAAUGACCAAAAACUGAUAGCAAAAGAGAAGGAGAUGUUGGCAAAGGAAAUGAAAUUGAGACAACAAGAGGCCGUGUUAGCGACAGGCAAGAUGCAGCGCAUGUUGCAAGUAAUCGAAGCUGCCAGUAAAAGUAUCGGUUUUUUUGAAUGUACCCUGUCAGGAAAGCUGACGCAAACUAAUGAAGCGUUUUGUAAUUUGAGUGGUUGUUCCAGAGACGUUGAUGUACAGUAUCGGACAGUGUUAAUGGAGCUUUGCGAGCAGGAUGAUCAGUCACUUCUAACAUCCCAUUUGCAAUCCUUGGUGGCUGGCCGGUCAACAACGCUCGCAGUAAGGUUUCGGCCUCAUGGCCGCGAAAGAAAAUGGGUACAGAUAGCCUGUGUUCCUAUGCUUGAUAAUGCACUCGGUGUUGUAGGCAUUACAGGCUGUGUAGCAGCCCUCGACGUUCAGCAAAAGAUCGAAUAUGAGGCCACCGUCGGUGGUGCUGGGGUCUCGGACCAAGUUCGCCUGAACAAAUGGCGUCUUUUGGACUUUAUUGAAAAUGCGAAUAUCGGCGUUCUGGUGUUUGACGAGAAAAGAACGCCCUCUUUUGCCAACAAGACCUGGUUCCAAAUGACGGGUCAUCCUUCAGUGUCAGUAACGAGUAUACAAUUUCGUUCCAUUGUUUUCCCCGAGGACAUCUCGGAGUUUGAUGCACGCCUGGAAAGUAUUUUCAAAUUCCGAAAGCCUGAGAGCUUUCACAUUCGGUUGAAAAGUCUUCACAAAGGACCGCCCAAUUACUCAGAGCACACGUGGGUGCAAUUUGCCGCCUUCCCAGACAUGGUAGACGAUGGUUCUCUCCAAAUAACGACUACAAUUACCGACAUCAGCGAGUUCAAGUAUUCUGAGCUUCUUCAGCGUGCAAAGCUCGAGGAGGCUAUUGAAUCCAAGCGACAGCAAGAAAAUUUUGUCGAUAUGACUAGUCACGAGGCAUGUGCCGUUAUGCACUGUGCAGACGCUUUGUCGCAUUCGCUUUCCGAAAUGAAAUUGAUACUCGACCGCGCAAGCCGUCAAGAUGGGCCUGACGUAGACCACAAAACGACUACGAAACGACUUCAGGAAUGUACGAGCAGCAUGAUUGAAGCUACCGACACUAUCAUGGCCUGUACAGUACAUCAAAAGCGGAUCAUUGACGACAUUCUCUCCAUCUCGAAGCUCGACUCCAACCUUCUAGAGAUAUGUCCCUCGGCCUUUCAAGUGAAGACCUUUCUUGAGCAGGUCGAGAGCACGUUCAGGUUUGAAGCUACACAGGCUGGUGUCACAUUCACGAUAACACCUGAUCCCUCUCUCAGUCAGCUCGGGGUUGACUGGAUCGAAGCAGAUCCCGGCAGAAUCAUGCAGGUUCUUGUAAACUUGGUUGCCAAUGCUAUCAAAUUCACAAAAGAUAGCCCCCAAAGUAAAAAUGUUACUCUGCGUGUUGGCGCCUCCUCUUCUCGCCCAGCAGAUGUAUUCGCCGACUUAAUGAUGGUAGCAUCUCCAACCUCUUCGCAAAAGGAAGAGGCCAAGGCAGCCAUAGUAUCAAAUGGGCAGGAGCUUUAUCUAUGGUGUAGCGUGAAGGACACAGGCUGUGGAAUGGACUCUGCUUCCAUGAAGCGUAUCUUCUCGCGGUUCAUACAAGCUUCACCCAAAACAUACAGCAAGUACGGCGGCUCUGGUUUGGGGCUUUUCAUCAGCCGAAAGCUGGUAGCUCUGCAAGGUGGAGAAAUUGGGUUCGCAUCUCAAGAAAAUGCAGGGUCAACUUUCGCCUUUUAUGCUAAAGCUUCGCGAGCAGUUUCACCGGAGUUUGCUCUUACUGUUCCUACCUCACCCAGUAGGCCCACAGAAGUGAGUAGUAACUCUCGACAUUCCGCCGGUCCAGGAAGCCCCAAGGCUCGAGACAAACGACAGCUGAGUGUUCUUCUUGUCGAGGAUAACAUGGUCAAUCAGCGCGUCUUGAAGAAGCAGCUGCAACAACACGGCUACAUUGUUCACACGGCAGACAAUGGACAGAAAGCCUUUGACUUUAUCAAGACUUCACGACACUGGAAGGCGUAUCCAGACACCACUGCGUCAGAUUCAUACAUCGAUGUUAUUCUUAUGGACGUUGAAAUGCCUGUCAUGAACGGUCUCCAAUGCGCAAAGAUGAUACGCACCGCGCAAAACAAUGGGCAAAUCAACAAACACCUCCAGAUAGUUGCUGUUACUGCAAACGCAAGGCCUGAGCAGCUGAAGCGUGCUACGGAGGCUGGGAUGGAUGACGCAAUCUCCAAACCAUUCCGAGUGAAAGACCUAGUACGCGUAAUAGACAGAUUGGGUGCUCUAGAAUGA